UGUGCCUGACAGAAUCCUCAGAACAUAAAAGAACAGAUGAGGAGUUUCCUGCCUUCCCUUGUUCUUUCUUGUCCUCUGGGACCUACAUGGCAGUAGGAUUUCCCAUGAAAGUGCUAGGGCACUUAACCACAACAGUAAAACAGCCUCUCUUGGAAAAUGUUAACCAUACACAGAAAUUUCACUGUCAGUCUACUGAUCGAAACACCACUUUCUCCUCUUAUCUGCCAGCUUACUAAUAAGCCUUUUUUAAAACUUAUUUUGCUUUCAGUCAUUUGAAAUAGUUCUGUUUUAUUUUUCGACUGCUCUAAUUCCAGUGAGCUUGCCCCAUUUCAUUGAAGUUCGUGCAGUCUCCAACUAGUCAAAAUAUUUUAAAUUCAUGCAUAUGAGGGUAAAUAAGAAAUCUAGAUAAUAACUGUAGGGAUGAGGGACCUUUCCUACCCUCCACAGUCCCAGCCAACCUACCCAAUGAUAAGGAAGAACGGGAUGUGGAGUCCAGUAACAUCUGGAAAACCACAUGUUCCUACCUGUUACAAAACUGUGUUGAGCCAUAUGCUUAUGAAGAUAGACAUAGGUACUUACCAGACAUUUACAGUGAAAUUCUAUACAUGCCUACUCUGAGGCCAAGAAAGCCAUUUUUCUUAUGCAGAGUUGAAAUCUAUUUCCUCCAAUCUUCAUAAGAUAAAUAAUAGAUGUACAAAUCAAUAUAUCUAGUUCAGGUUUAAGCAUGAGUCUUGGCUCUCCCAGCAACCUUUAGAUGAAGUAUCAGUCUUGUAUAACAUUUUAACUAACUGACAUACAUUUGUCUGUUUUCAAAUUUAUUUCUCACCAUCUUCUCUCCCUUUUAAAAAAAAUCUCAAGCUCUGUGAAACUAUUCUGGAGAGGUGAUGGGGAGGUGGUUUCUUGUCACCACUGUACCAAUCAGUUCACACUAUGUCAAGUUAUCUUACAGUUUCUCAAGUCGCUGCUGACACGAAAAAAGGUAUCUUCUGCAAUUGUGCUGACUCCUCUGCUUAAACCUGGAGUGAGAAAUGGGUUGUGUUGAAUGUGCUCCCUGAGCACAUUGUUCAGAAAAUGUAACAUCUAUAGAGGUUUGGAAAGAGUUGCAUAAUCAAUUUCUGCACUGCCCAUAAUCUGGAUUGUUUCUGGUCUGACUUUCCAGUUUAGAAGUGUAUGUUUAUGUGUCAGAAGUUAAGAAGUUGUGGGCAUGCAUUUGCAUGGAAUUACAAACAACUUUACUCAUUUAAACAAAGUUUUUCUUGACAUGGAGCAUCUCAGUUAGUUGGAUUCUUGCUCAUACAUGUGGAAGCGAGAGAAUGCCAGUGCUUUAAAUAUGUAAAGGACCCUUUCUUUCCCCCUAUUAUAGCUCUGAACUACAUUGUAUUUUCUGUGUGCUGCUCUUGCAGCAGACAGAUUUCUCAUGAAAUAGAUUGCUGACAGAGUAAAAGGCUCAAACAAUCGUUCCAACAAACAUGCCUGGGGUAGGCAGCCAAAGACAAUGAGAAAUGUCCCAGAAGCUCUUGGGACAGAGCACAGAUAAUGGCCCCAUUUCCCAAAUCCUGCUUGGCUGUGCAGAUCUCAGCUGAUGUGUGCAGCAGCAGAGGCAACUCAUUUAGUACAGACAUUCUGCAGUUCAACAUGCCCUUACCAAGGCGCAGGGCAUCCUUUUUGGGGCAACACCCUUCUACUUCCACAGCAGACAGCUCCUGGGCCACCAGCCAUAGGGUUAGUGGUGGUGGAGGAGGAAGUCUCACCAGGCCAUCAGGUGUUUAUGUGGGUGUUGUACCUACAGGAGGUGUGAGCAGUCUGGGUACCCGAGUGUCUCGCAGAGCUCUGGGUAUCAGCAGUGUCUUUUUACAAGGCCUCCGCAGUUCUUGUUCAGCUAUACCGUUACCGCAAGGGCUGGAAAGGGGACGAGGCCUGUCCUAUGAGAGCCUAAAUGAGAGCUUAGUGGACUACAUCGAAAAGGUGAGAGCUUUAGAGCAGGUCAACCAGGAACUUGAGGACCGAAUCCGAGUUUACCUGACCAAGAAAUCUUCUCGAGCCACUCACUGGGCAGCCCUGAGAGAGAACUGGGAGACCAUCAGCCAUCAAGUUGGGGAUGAAGUCCUGGAAAAUGCUCGGCUUAUGUUACAGACAGAGAAUAUUCAAGCCUACGCCGAAGAUAUUAAAGACAGAUAUGAAAAUGAACAGCCAUUCCGAAAGGCAGUGGAAGAUGAAAUUAACUCUCUCUAUAAAGUGAUUGAUGAUGCUAACUUGACCAAAGUGGACCUGGAGAGCCAGAUCGAAAGUAUGAAAGAAGAAAUAUCUUUAAUGUCAAAGAACCACGAAGAGGAUGUCAAGAUGCUUUACAAGCAACUGGCUGUCUCACCACUGGAAGAAUUGGAGGCUCCCGUUGGAAUAAGCCUGGAUGACAUCCUGGAGAAAAUCCGGAUUCACUGGGAAAAGGAUAUUGAACGGAACCGUGCUGAGACUAUUGUCAUGCUCCACACUAAGCAACCCACAGAAACAAUACCAAGUGUGCGAACCCAGGAAGAAGAACUGGCUGAAACCCUGAGGGCAGAAUUUCAUGAAACGGCUUGCAAAAUACAAAGCAUGCAAGCAGAAAUUGAAUCCUUGAGAACUCUGAAGAGAGGUUUGGAGAACUCCCUUUAUGAUGCCAAACACUGGCAUGACAUAGAGCUUCAGAAUUUAGGCUCUGUUAUUACCAAGCUGGAAGUAGAAGUAGGAGAAAUCCGAGCGGAGACUGAACAGCAUCAAAGGGAUCGAGAAGCUCUGCUGAUCAUUAAAACACAGCUGGAGAAAGACAUUGCUACGUAUCACUGCCUCCUAGACAAAGAAGAAAGCAGCUGAUUUUCACAUCCUUUGUCUUCAGAAGACAAUUGUUGCUAUUCAGAGCAAAGGAUGAUCUCACUGGCAAAAGUAUCCUUGGAAUCAUUGGCAGCCAACACAGAGCACUUGAUUCAUCUACCUAUGUAGGCCAUAGCUUGACCUAGGCACCACCAGAUAUGAUUGCUUUGCAUAUAAGUUUCAAUGCAUCCAUCAUAAUUAUAGAAUAAAGUUUACGUUUCAAUUA